CAUAAGUCCUCCAGCAAUCACGCCACAUCGCUCCAGGGGGAAGGGGUGUUGCGAGGAGCCUGCCCGAGGGGGGACAGCGUCGGAGGGGCGGCACGCACCAGGACAGAGACACCGUGGAAGCAAUUUUUCGACAUGAACCUGGCAGCAGAUCUUUUCUGUUUGUUGGUGUGCCUCACCACAGUGACUUCGGACCGGGUCUAUGUCCACCCUUUCAAUUUGUUUUCUUUCAACAAGAGUACCUGUGAGGAGCUGGAAAGCCUGGGCCAGGGGGGAAAGAAAACUUUUGUCCCCAUCUCAAUCGAGUCUCAAACCACACCUGCCUAUGAAGAUGGCCUGAAUGACAAGGACAAGCUGGAAGCCCCGAGCCUGAGUGGCCGGGGGAGGCAGAAACUGAGCUACCUGAAGGACUUUGUGUACGUCCUGGGUGUGCGGUUUUACAGCGAGCUGCGGGAAGCACGGCAGGGCCAAAACGUGCUCCUGUCCCCAACCAGUCUUUACGGCUCUUUGGUGUCUUUCUACCUGGGCGCCUCAAACCAGACGGCUGCUGAUUUGCAGGGUUUGCUGGGAUUUGUCCCCCCCUCUGGAGACCCUGACUGCACCUCCAGGGUGGACGGACACAAAGUCCUUUCCAGCCUGAGGACGAUCGAAAGCCUCAUCAAGAGCAGGGACGAGGAGCUGCUCUUUUCCAAGACACUCUGCUUGUUCUCUGCCCCCAGCGUACCUCUAUCCCAACUGUUCGUGCAGGACUUGCUCCACUCCACUGACGCUCUCUACGUCCGAGCUGUUGACUUUACAAACCCAAGUGAGGCAGCGAAGCAAAUAAACGCCUUUGUGGAGGCCAAAAGCGAGGGCCAAAGCAAGUGCUUACUGACAGACAUCGAUCCAUCCGCCGACCUGCUGUUUGCGGUGGACGUCCGCUUGACAGUGAACGUUAAGCAAGCCUCCCGCCUCAGAGAGCCUCAGGAGUUCUGGGUGGAUUCACACACAAAGGUCUUGGUGCCUAUGUUGUCAGUCACAGGGACAUUCAAGUACAAAACUGAUGCCAGUGGGACUUUUUCUGUGGUGGAAGUGCCCAUCAGCAAGACCGCGCUGCUGGUGCUGCUGCAGCCCAUCAAUGGCAGCGACCUGGAGCACGUGGAGACUGAGCUGCCUCUGCAGUCCUCGGCCUGGCUUCAGCAGCUGUCCCCAAGAGAAAUUAAAUUAACGCUGCCAGAGUUAACAAUAGAAGGCAGCUCCGAUCUACAGGAGCUUCUUGCAGAUAUGGAACUGCCUGCACUGCUGGGGAAGGGGGCAGAUCUCAGCAAAAUAAGCGACACCAGUCUAAGAGUUGGAAAGGUAGUAAACAAAGCCUUUUUCAAACUGACCAGUGAUGGAACAGAUCAGCCAGAAGAUCCCGCAGCACAGAAGGAAGAUUUGGCGUUCCUGGAAGUAACACUGAACAAACCGUUCCUUUUAGCUGUUUUUGAAGAGAAGUCAAGGGCAAUGCUUUUCCUUGGCAGAGUAACAAACCCACUGCACGGGGUUUAAAUGCAAGCAUGGGGGAUGAGGAGGGAGGGGAACGAUGCACAUUUCCCAUCACCUUUUUCUUACUCAUCAGCUAUUUUUAUGACCUCGUGGAGUGCUGUACUUAGCUUUUGAGAUGAAGCAGGUAGUGUUUGAAAUACAGCCUUUUGAAAGCUAAAACAUGGCAACAUUUCAUCCUUGUUCAUCUAUUUCAUGUGAGGUGAAUCAAACUCUUCCUCCAGCUUCUCUUCUUUCCUUAGUCUCACUUUGUCUCCCUUCUGCCCCUAGCUCUCUUUUUUGGUGCAGUGGGGAUAAAGUAGUGGCCAGCAGGACAUGGACUUUAUAAGCACAAGCAGCAUUUCCUAUAGAAAGGUAUAGAAAAGGACCUUUUCAUUCCUUGAGAGGUCACUUCUUAAUUUUUAGUUUGGUCAGUUUUGCAAAAGACACCCCCUUUUAGGUUACAGUGGAAGUUUUACAGCUAUCCACAGAGAUUUCUAGCUUCAUCAGCAACAUUUUCCUUUAAACGGCUGCCAGCAGCACAGGCAGGCUUUGCUUGGCCCACUGAGACAAGAUUUUUUGCCUUGGAAGCAAAAACACAUUUAAAGGAAGUUUCUUCUUUCUGCAGCCCAGAUGGAUAUAUUCAUUUCUUAACUCUAUGGAAAAGCUAAAAAUAGGGUUUGGUAGCACUAAUGAACUGUGAUGGAUAAAUUCUCAUAGCCUGACAGAAUCAUCUUUUUUUUUUUUAGAAAAAAUAAUAAAAAAAGGCCUACUUUUCCAAUACAAUUCCAUUCCUUGGAUUACUUUCUAACCUGAGAGGCAUUUAUUACAGUCUUAUGGUGAAAAAGAACAUUACUGGUUAGAGCCUUGAUCUGUAACCUUUAACAUAUCCAAACCAUGUUCUUAAAAGACAGUAUUAGUGGCAAUAUUCUAUAUUAAUGGUGGAUGUGCUGCUCAACGUGAAUAGUUUCAGUGGUCCAACCCAACUCUUAGCAGAGUUAAUAAAGGUUUGAAACAUUAAACAGCAACAACAGAUUAUUAGAUGACUCUUGAAUGAGGAAUUGAGAUCAUGGUACUAAGGAAAACCUCAGUGGAACAAAGAUUUCCACCUCACACCUCCAGAUUUGUCUUCAGCACUGAUGGCGUUCAGACCGUAACCACAGACCUCUUUGGGCUACAAUGCCAGACGUAUGCUACACAGCACGGUAGCUCAUUGUCAUCCACAGUGGCCCAAAUAUCUAAUCCAAACCCACUAACGCCAGUGGCUCGCUAUCGGUGAUGUAGAUCCACGGCAGCUCCUUCUAGCUUAAUGGAAGAGACUAAUGAAUAACACAACGCACUCUUGAGAACACUUGGAUUUCAAGUGCUAUGAUACACCAUCCGUGUAUUUAUCUGAUUAUACUGUAUGCCUUCCAGAUGCUCUAACAUCUAAAUACUGUACACGUGUAUUAUAUACAGAAGGAAUUAACUAUAAAUAUGCACAGAUGGAAAGAUGCAAAUAAAAUCACUUCCAAGA